AUGUCGAGUAAGGUUGUUCUUAGACAAGUCCAAUCGUCAAACCGACGACAACCGCUACUACAACAGAACAAGAGUUCUUUAAAAGCCGGUACGCGCCUCGGUGAAGCGGUUGGUGGAACAGCGGCGGUUUGUUGUUGUGCUCCAUGUGCGGUGGCGAAUAUCGUUUAUCUAGCGAUUUAUAAAGUUCCGGCUACUCUUUGUAUCCGAGCGUUGAGGAAGAGGAAGCAGCAUCAUCGGAGAAGGAUUCAAGCGUCAGCGGAAACUAUGUUUCCGGCGAAGCGUCGUUGUACCUGUGGUUGCUGUGAUGAUAUUGUUGGGGCCCGUGUUCAUCCAACGUGUAGUGAUGAUGAUGAAACAUAUAGGGGUGUGAAAAGUGAUAGUUUGGGGGUGCAAGAAGAAGAAGAAGAUAAAGAUGUUGUGGAAUUGGAGAAGGAGAUGUGGAAUACGUUUUAUGAAACUGGGUUUUGGAGAAGCUCUUCUCAGAGGAAUAAAGAUUCUUUGUCUUUAUCUUCUUCUCAAACUGCUACUCCAAAUUUUCAGGUUAUUAUUGUACCAACCUUGUAA